AUGUCCGACAGCCCGAACGACAACGAACGCCGUCACUGGCAUGGUGCUGCUGGCGAUCGCUACGAGCACGUCAAUGCCUGGACGGCUGGUGGUGCAAAGGGACCAACCUCUCGUGCAGCAUGGGCGCUGACGCCAGAGAUGACGGCUAAUCUGAACGCCCGGAAGAACUCCGACGCCUCCACAUCCUCAAACACAGGCAACACCGCAAACCAAUCCGGCUCGCCUGCCGUACCCAGCGUCGGCGAGCGUCGACGCUCGAGUGCCUCGUCCCCGGGUGGCGGUGCAGGUCUCUUCUCGACCUUGCAGAGUCAGAAGCGGGAUAGUACGGAUCCGAGUAUGGCAGGGCGGAGGCAGAGUUGGAACGAGCAGCAGGCUCAGGGAGGAUACUUUUCGAAGCUUUGGAAUGGGUAUACUCGGGGAAAGUAG